CUCUAGGCUUUGUCGAGCAAAAUACAUAAUAAUAUUAAACUAAGGUACCUAACCUUACUUUGACCCAAACUCUCUUUCCCUUCCCUCCUCUUCUGCCUAAUUAUACGGAGUACUAUUCCCAUUUCAUUUUCCUCCUAUAGUCAGCCUUUCCCUUUAUCACUACUGUAUGGUCCUCCACUCCUCCCAUUCACUGACUUUGACUGGAUUGUCGACUACCUAUCUACUAUCUACCCUCCUUCCCACGCCACUGACACUGACACUUACCCGAUUUUCCUUUACAGUACUUUCCCGCUUGGAGGUGAUCGUCUGAGCUUACUCCUAUUCGCGAAUACUCUUUUUAUACUUAAUCUAUCCGACCUCUUCCUGGUCCGCAAGCAAACAAUUUUGUCCCUCCUUGUCCUUGCGCACAUUAUUCUCGGCCCCCAAUCCCCCAAUCGUGGCCUAUCUACGGAGUAUCUUCCAGAGAAAAACUUUAUCAUUCAUACCACGCCCGUUCCCAGGCGCAUCGCGUACCACAAACUGUGCAACACAGCUGCACCUCCCCUUUACCCCAAAAACACCCUGAAACUAUUCGAUCGCGUCCUUCUCAGUCAGUGAGGUUGUACCUUUCUGCAGGGGAUAGUGAGUGGCCCGCGCCGCGAAACCGUGUGCUCAUUUGCGCGACAGCGAUCUAAUUCCGAUUGCAGUUCCGACUGAGCUGGGGUGCUGAAUGGCACUUGUGAGGAGGCCAGCUUCUGUAACCAAAACCCGCUUCUUUUUCGACAGGCCCAUGCCCAUCGACAGCGGCCGCGAGAAAAAAGAAAGCAAUUCGGCCACUAACGAGCUUUGGAUGACAAGGGGAUUUGUCACUUUCAUGCUUCAGCAUUCAUGCUAGGCCAGCUCCCUCCCUAUUGAACCCACCACUAUCAUCUUUCCUUAGACCGAUACACGCUGGUCGCAACACGCCUCGCUCUAUCAGAGUUUCGGGAUUUAAAUGCAUAUUUUUCUAAUCUCACGCGCUCUCCGCCGCCAGACUCAUUUCCUUUUUUCAGCCUAUUACCUCAGCUCGACUUUUGGGGUGAUUUAGUCCGAUUACAACCCGCUUUCAGCACGCGCCCCACGACUCUAUUUCAGCCUUUGGGCAAUCGGAUCAGAGCCACUGAUUUACAUAUUCCUGCGACCAUCUGCACAACACCUAGGUAGUGAAACGCGUUCGCCCGUCUGCGGCCUGCUCAUUUCCUUGAACCAGACGCCGUCACGUGUAACCCAGUAGCGAGUUCAUGCAUCCAAUCAUCAAAGCUUCUACUGCUCAUACUUCAUCUUGACUGAUAUUGGGAUUACCUUGAAGUCUUCUUGUUAUUGCAGAUCCGUGAUAAGCAGUUGCUUGAACCAUUGGGCCCACGAUGGCCACAGGGGAAGAUGUCUGGGACUCUCUCCCAGAGGGGGAGCAAAAGUCUGUCUGGGAUGAGACAGAACGCAAUUUCUGGGUUAACCUUCGCAGCAAGAAGGAUGCAGAAAACAAAAAGAUUGAGAAGGAUUUCCAGCUCUCGAUUAACGAAGUCAGGUUGAAACUCAGUGACCUUACAGGGCAGCGAAGUCAACUGAAAGAAUCUCAAUCCCGACUGGCCAGGGAACUCGCUAAAGUCGAGGCCGAACUGGCACGCACCACGGAUGAGUGCGAGGAGAAGGCCAGUCGACUUGAGCGCAUUGAGCAGGACUACCGCGCGUCACGCCAGAAGAGAACAGAAACACUCCAUGAUAUUUGGUUCAAAAUGCGUCGAUUCUUUAGACAAAAAAGAGGAGAGGAUCCUGAUGCCCCAGACCAUCUCGGACCCGAAUCAGAAGGCAUUGUUCUACCCGAAAUGUUGCCAGAGGUAUCCUCAGGCUUCAAUGGAACGACCCCACGAGUAGAGCCUACUAAUGGAACUGCAGUGGUAGCGGAGGGACCUGAAGAAGAAGAAGAAGAUGACGAGGAUCGUAUGGAAGGCGUUGAGCACCACGAUAAUAGGGGAGCUGAGAGCCUUGUUGAUAUUGUUGAUGCUGAUGGCAAUGUGAUUGGACCCGUGGAACAGAUAGAGCCUUGGAACCAAUGGGUUGAGGGUAUCCAAGAAUUGGAGAUACGAAGACCCGUCAAGAUCCGCCGAGGACGACGCUUUAACACUACACAUCUUGCAGGCAUUUACGAGCGAACUGAGGCGAAGGGGGUCAAAUGGCUCUCCUGUAUGAUUCAAGCGACCGGGGCGAUACAGGCCAAGAGGUGCCUGUCUUGCGACAAGAACCAGGGCGCCUUUGACGACUGCAUCAUUGUCGGCGGGGAUCUCUUUCAGAAGUGUGGCAACUGUGAAUGGAAUCGCCAGGGAUGCCAUGGUUCUUCAGGAGACACGAUUGACAUACUAGCAUCGAGGGAGAGGGCACAACGGAAGAAGCAGCUGGAGGAUGGAGCCCAAGAGACUUCUGCAGACCGAUCCUCAGAAACAGUACACCAGACCGUUGAAGUUCAGCCGAGGUCUGAGCAAACAAGUCAACCAGAACCUCGGCGGGUCGAUGAACAGAAUUCUGUUCCCUAUCGGCCACCUUCACCAAAGCCCACUUUACAAAACCCUGAGCUACCGUCUGAGAGACAAGCGGAUAGACAAAUUGAGAGACAACCCGAGCGACAAUACCAACGGCAAUCCGAAAACCAGCCUGAACGACCAGUUGAGCCCCAACCUGCGUCACAGACUGAGCGUCAAGCAGCUUGGACCACUGCACCACAACCAGAACGGCGCCCGGAACGCCAACCCGAGAAAGUUCCAGAUCGACCUAAUGAACGGUUCCAUGAUGUGAUCGCUGCGAGGGCCCCAGAACGGACUGUGGAAGUAGCACCAAUCCAAAUCGCCGAACGUCCUCGUGAAAUGUCUUACAGACCAGUCUAUGGUGCCCCCCCUGGACCUCCAAGCCGACCGACAACGGCUCCCAGGUCAGAUUAUGCCCCGGAACGAAUGAUUGACCCCGUGGAUUCGCCCUUACCGACACCAAUAUAUCCUCAAUCCAGGUCCCUGGAAACACCACGUUCUGUGCUUCCCUCAGGUGUUCUGCGCCGCAGUCCUCAUGAAAUCCUCCAUCCAUCAACAGAGCUUGAUGGCCCUGCCAGAGACUAUCGCGGUUCUGAUCCAGCUCACAUAUCAAGAGAGCCUGAGCAAAUACACACUCCACAGGAGUAUCGCGUGGCUGCUGGUUUUACGCCGGCCAAUGUGAGAAGUCGACCUCCAUCUAGUGAUCGAGGAAGACCAACUCCACCAUCUCUAUCCCUGGACCCUUCAUCGCAGCCACCUGAAUCUCCUCCUGCCCAACCACUGGAAGAGAUUACCCGAGAGAAUAUGGUCCUCAAGAACGACGGAAAUGUUUACACCUAUCCUGAAUGCGUCGCUGGGGUGCCAUUGGUCAAGAUUAAUGAGGAACACCCCUAUUGGGAGCCCAACUGGCCCAAUGUCAAGACACUCAUUGAACCACAGCUUGCUCGAUGGCGUGAGAAGCACCAGGCUGCUAUUGAAGCAGGCCCGAAGCAGGAUAAGGGUGGUUCCUCAAAGUAUCAAAUCGGCAGACAGGUCAACCGCGGUAUCAAAAUUCUCGAAUUCCACGAAAACGGCCCAAUCAGUCCCUAUCAGUUAUUGGGUAAAAGAUACAUCCAGGCCGGCAAAGGCGGCAUAACGUCAUACGACACACUAUUUCGCCUUUCAGAGACAAUAUCGGAGCUUGAAAAGUUCAAUCUUGACAUAUCGCCAGUUGACUGGAUGCGACAGCGACUUCACGAACUAAUUCAAACGCAGGGACACAACUUCAACCUGCCGCGAACAAUUCACGAUUUCUAUCAUGACUCCAAGCUCACCAGUCUUCGGUACAAGCAUGGAUUCAAGAACAUUGGACGUCCUUCAGGAGCCAUGAAGGCGCGCUUGAGUCACGGCAGCCCUAGCAAUACACCCAAACCUCUCCAAAAGCGGAAGUCUAUGCACUCUGUUCCUACUACGCCCCGGGAGGAUUCAUUCAUCAACCACUCUCCUCUUCCUAGCCAGGCACCACCAAGCUACCCAGCACCAGCACCAGCGCCAGUCUCCACCCCUGGGCCCCAGCCAGCAUUCAGCACCCACCUCAACAAGAAGCCGAAAUACAUGCCGCCUACACAUGGAAGCCCCGUACAUGACGAAUUUCACUUCGAGGCUUGGUCCGACACAGAUUCAUGCAGUGGAGGUAGCAUCACGAAGUACGACUGGCGGCUUGCUGUAGUCAAGACUCGGUUGUAUACUAGCCAUAUCAAUGUCACUCAGUAUUGGACCUGGGUUGGUCAAAUACAAUGUUUUCAACACCAAGUACUCAAAGAUGUGAAACCAGCGAAAUGGGGCUUGUUUAGGGACGAGAUCGAUUUUCACGUCAACCUCGCAGAGAUUGAGGAGAUGGAAUGGAGUAUCGAAGCACUUCGUGUUCACAUCAUUAUGAAAAAGGAUGCCGGAGAGCUUGCUGCGGAUGGCAAGCCUCGAGGCGAUGUUAUGGCGUCUUUUCCAAGAGCGCGUACAAUGCGCCGCUUCCUGUUCUUCUGUCGAGAAAGGGGUAUGAAAAUGGCUAAGAGAGUACCUGAGCAACUCAAUAAUAUGUGGGAUUCUAUGGUUUCUGAACAAUUGCCCGGCCGAGGCGAUUCUAAUCAACAGCUGGUCGAAUAAAUUUUGUUGACCGCAAGCUACCAUCUUCGAGGGACCAAGAUGGCCCUAUGCUAUCUGUCCCCGUUUUAAUCAGGGUCUGACUUCUUUCAUUCUUGUUGUUUCUAGUAUUUGUCUUUACUCAUAGAGGAUAUCACUUCGCACCAAGCCAACACUGGACUUUGUGUGCUCACGGGAAGAUUGUUUUUCUUGGCUCGGGGUUAAAGGAUGGAAAAGAGAACUUGAUGGGUGGAAAGGAAAAGCUGUUUAUUAGAGAAGAGCUCUCCCAUAUUACAUACUAUACCUUGCGUCGAUUAGACUGAACAAAUGGUCUCAAUUUCCCUUUAACUCUCUUGUGGCCACUAAACUAAGUGUUUCGCAACGUGCCGCCGAAAUCAGUGUAAGC